UGUCACUCUUAGUGUAGAACAGUGUAGUAUCGUGGAGAUUCCUAGUGAAAGAGCAAGUGAAACCAGCGAAAGUUCUUGACAAGUAAGUGAGGCAACACGAGAUCAUCCCACAGACGAAAGUGAAACAAGGCGACUGCUCCCGGACUGAGAGUGAAGUAAGUGAACAGUGGACAUCUACACAGACCUGCACAGCAAUCUUUCUGGGAAUGACGACAAUACUGUGCGUGCUUAUAAAACGAUAUGUGUCAUCAGUAUCCAGGUACACGAAGUUGCUGUCACAGCCUAAUGUAGGACUAUACAACCAUCUCCGUGGCAUUACCAUCUCCCAUGGUGACUUGCAUUCACUCUCACCCAAGGUACGAACAUAUGUUGAGGAAAACAUAUCACUGUGUGAGCCCAGUAGCGUCCACAUUUGCGAUGGAUCUGAAGCUGAGAACUCACUCUUGUUAAGGCUUAUGUUGCAACAAGGAACAAUCAAGCCAUUACCCAAGUAUGAUAACUGCUGGCUGGCCCAAACCAACCCAGCUGAUGUAGCCAGAGUUGAAAGUCGAACAUUCAUCUGCACAGAUGAUCGCCAUGAUACCAUACCCACACCGAAAGCAGGUGUUAAGGGCACCCUUGGUAACUGGAUGUCACCUGAGGACAUGAGCAAUGCUAUCAGACACAGGUUCCCAGGCUGCAUGAGAGGUCGCACAAUGUAUGUUAUUCCAUUCAGCAUGGGUCCUGUUGGCUCACCAUUGUCUAAGAUUGGUAUUGAGAUCACUGACUCACCAUAUGUAGUCAGUUCAAUGCGAAUCAUGACUCGCGUGGGAGUGCCUGUCCUGCAAGCCUUGGCACAAGGAGCGGAGUUUGUGAAAUGUCUGCACUCUGUUGGAAGCCCUCAGAACUUGGAGGCUGUGAACCAUGGUUGGCCGUGUGACCCUGAAAGAACAAUUAUCCUUCACAGGCCAGAAAAGAAUGAAAUUGUCUCAUAUGGAAGUGGGUAUGGCGGCAAUUCCCUGCUGGGAAAGAAAUGUUUUGCUUUGCGAAUUGGUUCCACAAUAGCAAAGAGAGAAGGCUGGCUGGCAGAACAUAUGUUGAUCCUGGGCAUCACGAAUCCAGCGGGACGCAAAAGAUACAUUGCAGCCGCAUUCCCCAGUGCAUGUGGCAAGACAAAUCUCGCCAUGAUGUGCCCGUCGCUACCAGGGUACAAAGUUGAAUGUGUGGGGGAUGACAUUGCAUGGAUGAAAUUUGACAGUAAUGGGCAACUUAGGGCCAUCAAUCCUGAAAAUGGCUUCUUUGGAGUGGCCCCAGGUACCUCAAGUAAAACAAAUCCCAAUGCAAUGAAGACAGUGUUCCGCAACACUUUGUUUACAAAUGUGGCAGCAACAAGUGAUGGGGGUGUGUUCUGGGAAGGACUGGAGGAUGAGCUGGCUCCGGGGGUGACUAUAACAGACUGGCAAGGCAAGCCAUGGGAUAGAUCAACACCAGCAGCCCAUCCCAACUCAAGGUUCUGUUCGCCUGCAUCACAGUGUCCUAUUAUUGACCCUUCAUGGGAAGACCCAGAAGGAGUGCCCAUUGAUGCCAUUUUGUUUGGAGGACGCCGGCCUGUGGGAGUACCACUGGUUUAUGAAGCCUACAAUUGGCAUCAUGGGGUGUUUAUUGGAGCUGCUAUGAGAUCUGAAUCUACUGCAGCAGCUGAACACAAGGGCAAGAUCAUAAUGCACGAUCCAUUUGCAAUGAGGCCAUUCUUUGGAUAUAACUUUGGCCACUACCUAGAACAUUGGUUAAAUAUGGAAAACACUUUUGGCCGUAAACUUCCGAAGGUGUUCCACGUAAACUGGUUCCGCAAAGAUGCACAGGGUAAGUUUCUCUGGCCUGGUUUUGGAGAGAACUCCCGUGUGCUUGACUGGAUUUUCCGACGAAUAGACAAUGAGGAAAUUGCUCAGCCAACCCCUGUUGGCUACGUACCCAAGACAGAUUGUCUGAACCUAGAUGGACUCAGUGAGACCAUCAACAUGACUGAACUGUUCAGCCUGCCCAAAGAUUUUUGGCUCCAAGAGGUGACUGACAUUGAGCAAUACUUCUCAGAGCAAGUGGGAGCAGACCUGCCAGUGGCAAUUGCAGAAGAGCUCUCUGCCUUGCGCCAACGGCUGCUCAACAUGUAGCCUGUUCUUGUUUCCAGACUGUAAUGUACUCUAUAUGUCAACAACCUACAAAGAUUCAGGAUAACACUGUCCAAUGCUACAAGUCAAGGUAUAUAAUUAUGAUCAGCAGUAGAAAGCACUGGUAUGAAGUUAUCUAGGUUUUACCAUAAAUUAUGAAAUCUGACAAAAUCCACACAAUCAAGGAGAUAUCAUCCACCCACCUACUCCUGACUACCUCCUGGUUGAAACAGGCAGCAAAUUGCUGGCUUCCGCUAAGCUUCAAUUAUCUUACAAAAUGUAAGAUAAAAUUAAGGAUGUCUCUAUCAGUUAUAUUUUUCAGGGUGGCAAAAUGAGGUAUGAAUUGUCUCUAAGCAAGAAAACAUGGUUACAAUUAUGAUUGUGUGGAAGAAAGAAAAAAUCAUAGGUAAAUGGUAUAAGGAGACAGAUGAAGGCAAUAUUAGGAUCGGUAUGUGCCAUUUUCUGUAAUAUGUCCUAUUUCAUUCAGCCUUCUAAGACUGUAAUUACAUUAAAAUUGUUUAAAAGCAUUAAAGUUAUUUAUUUUUUCAGCUUUUGUAACUCUAAGUAUUGUCACAUUUUAUUGCUAGUGAAAGAUAAAGUUUUAUUUAUAUUGAACUCUUGAAUUUGUCAUUUGUGUGUGUGUGUUCAUGCUUGUGUGUACAUGUAUGUGUCUUUUUAGUUACAUGAGACCCAAAUCCUGAUUGGUCAUAAGAAGAGUUUACCAGAACAAACAUUGUGUGCACAAUAUAUUUGUAUAUAGUCUUAAACAAAUAUGUUUAAUAAAAUAAAUUUGUGAUAAUGGUAAAA